AUGUUGCACGAAUGGCAACCGUUAUUCAAGUGGUUGGCCAUCGUUGGCCUGGUGCCAUACGCCCAACGCAACCGCAACUGCAAACAACAUUAUGAGCAAUGGCAGCGCAUCUACACAUCAGCAUUGCUUGUGGCGAAUUGGGUUUUAACCAUCUAUGGGGUAUACAACCAGCCGCUGGACGACGAAGUGCUUGUAUCGAAUUUUGUCAGCGUAAUGGUUUUUCUCAGUCAAAGUUUAGCACUCACCAUUUGCUUGUUGGAAGCGAUGUGCACCUAUAGGCAAUAUUUCGCAUUCAUGCAACAAUCCCAACUCAUUGUACGACUCUUCAGGCAGCGCUUGCAAACCGGUCUAUGUCGUUGGAGUUUGCGGCGACUGCAGCGUAUUAAAUAUUUGCUAUAUUCGGGUUUCGCCUAUGGCUCUCUUCCGAUAUCGAUGGUGGUGAUUUCGAUUAAAUACUACUACGGAUACUUUUGGUAUGCACUGGGCAGUAUUUUUGUUUUGCGUACCCGCUGCCUUUUGGCCAUUAUCUAUUUGGACUAUAUUGAUUUCUAUAUGCAAAAUUUGAAUAUGAAGCUGCAUUCAGUGGCCAGCUGUCGCGUGAGCAAGCAGCGUUUAUGUUUGGAUGUGAAUUAUAAAAUGUUGGAAUCCUUCGAUUAUUUGUUACAAUUAAAAUUGCUUUUCGACGAAAUACGCAAGUUGACGCUAAUGUUUGAUGAUUUAUUCGGUUGGUCGGUUUGUGCAUUGUUUACGGUGAUUUUUCUAGAUAUUUGCGUUAAUUCGUAUUGGAUCUUUCUGACUUUAUCAAAUGUAUUCGAAUAUUAUUUCCUCUACUUAACAGCGUCGACUGUGCUCCCGCUGAUCGCUAUUACCACGCUUUUAUGCCAAGCGGGUGAGAACUGCAAGCGGCAGUCACUUAAGACGGGUAUUUUGAUACAACGUUUACUACAUAGUAAGUAUAAAUAUACCAAUGCAAAGUUAUAUAACGACUUGCUAUUCGAAUUCGCAAUGGAAAUACAACAAGAUCCUAUGAAAAUAGCAGUAAAAGAAUUUGUGACUGUGGAUC